UCUAGCAUUCUUCUACCUGUUGCAUCAUCAAGGGUCGGAAACGCAUGCACCUCUGGAAAUACCAAUCAGCAGCUAUAUAAACCUGCGGGGGAUCUCUUCGCAAGACAUUCGGCUUACAGGCAGAGACACCUGAAGAGGUCAGCGAGAAUGGCUCCCGCGCACGGCACCCAACACUCAACGAUUUUGAAAGCUUUCUUUAUGUUUGGGAUCCUGCUGCUUGUGUUGGGGGUGGAUGGAGCCGAUGACAAGGUGCGGCGAAGGGCCAGGAAGCAGGAAAGCUCAUCACGGAGCAAAGAUCAAAAGACCGGGGCCGUGUUGGACAGGGUGCCAAGGAGGGUGAUGGACUGUGUGAAGCUGGUGUAUGACACAGACACCACGACCCCCCAGGCAGUGCUAUACGACCCAUCGCUGAAUUCCAUAUCACCGUGGAAUUACAGCUACAUCAGGGAUGUCGACCUGAUUCCUGAAGUCAUUCCCCAAGCUAAUUGCCUGAAAGAAGGCUGUCUGGAUGUCAACGGAGAGGAGGACAUGAACUUCAUCUCCAAGCCCAUCCUUCGCCAGAUCAUGGUCCUGAGGAGAGUGUACCAGAAGAGCCGCAUUGUCCUCAAGAUGGAAAAAAAGAUAAUCAGCGUGGGCUGUACCUGCGUCCGCCCAGUUGUCCUGUCUCAAGAUUAAUCCGCCGCAAGCCCUUAUAAGGCAGUGAAGGCGCUGUGCAGAAAUUUUAUUUAUUUAAACUUUUGAAAAUUAAUUUAAUUUAUAUUCAUUUAAUUUAUUGUCAUGUACACCGUUGUAAGUAUUCAUUCCAU